AUGGAACGGACGUUUAUUAUGGUCAAACCUGAUGGCGUGCAACGAGGUCUUGUUGGGGAGGUUAUACAACGAUUUGAGAGGCGAGGCUAUAAACUUGUGGCUAUAAAGAUGAUGCAUGCCUCAGAACAGCUGCUUCAGACGCAUUACGAAGCACUCAAAUCCCUUCCAUUUUUCCCGAAACUAGCUGCAUAUAUGUCAUCUGGACCUGUUGUACCAAUGGUAUUUGAAGGGCGUAAGGUUGUUGAGAACGGACGUACAAUGUUAGGUGCUACUAAACCUGAAGCAAGUUGUCCUGGAUCAAUAAGGGGAGACUACUGCCAAGAUGUAGGGAGAAAUGUUGUCCAUGGAUCCGACUCAACUGAAAGUGCUAACAGGGAAAUCAACUUAUGGUUUUCUCCACAAGAACUAUGUCAAUAUAAACAAGCCGUUGACCCUUGGAUCCAUGAAUAAACUACGGUUUGAUUAUCAUUUUCUCCCUGUAGACUGAGUGGUUGGCUAUUCAAAUAAAUUAAAGGCUGUAUUGUAUUACUACAAACAAACUGCUAACUUUAUAUGAUGUUUAUAUCAUGCUAUCUUUGGGUCAGUACCAAUAAUAAAACGUAUGGUAGUUGACUACACUGAUCACUGAUCAAAAUAUCUGCUAUCUAUGUGCAACAAACAAUCCAUGUUUUAUGGGAAAGUGCUGAUAGUCGAUUUCCUGACAUAAUCUACGGAGUUAGUUUUGGUGUGUGCACUGAGUGCCUGUUACUUGUUAAAAGUUUGUUCGAAGCUAGAAAUGUAUUCGGAUAAAAGUAAGAUGAGCUGUGACAGCUACAGUUCUUACUUAGGCUAGGCUGCACAAGUAACAAGUCUUAAAGAACUGUCCUUUUGAUUGGGCAGAUUUUCCAGUCACAUUGCAUUAGCUUCCCAGAAAGCGAGUUUUAGCUUUGGAAGUUGACCAGAAGCAUGACAAUCCUGCUAGUGCACGUUUAAAAACUGGGCAUCUCUUACUAGUCGCGUAGUCCGUAAACACAUGGAGAUUACCAAAUCGCAUUUAUGGCGCUUUAGGACGUUAUGACAAAAGAUUACACGAUAAUUCGUUUCUUGGGUCUGAUUGAAUGGUACGUUAUUGUCGAGACAUACAGGUGUUUGGCCUAGUGUUCAAAUCUCAUUCUCCGCAGCAACAAAUCAGACAAUUUCUAAGAUUGAUUUACGAUUAGCUAGAUCAAGGGAUGAGUCCAUUUAGAGGAUUCAUAUAUAGUGUGAUCCGAAUGUUUUAGGGUUAAGGACGAGGUUGAUCAUUCUAGAUGUUAACUGCCUGGCAGUUAUUAUCGUUAAUAGUCUCUUGUUAUUACUGAUUCAAUACAAAAAAUGCCGUGGUUUGUUCAUGAAGAAAUGGUGUAUGUUAGCAUACAGCGUCGUAAUUAAUAUUAGGUGAAUAUUCUUGACCUUGUUCUCAACACUUAAUUCACUUGCCUAUUUGAUUUUAGAACAGUUCUCCGCAGACCACCUGGAAUACUAAAUUUUGUCGUCGAUCCUUGGUUUUCCUAACCUUAAUUAAUCUUAGCUAGUUAGUUGUGAACACUCGAUUAAACUAGGUAACUCAGAUUGCAGCUUGUUUUAGAAUCGACACGUCUCAAAGAUUCACGUAACAGAAAGCAUUCACAUGUCAGUUGGAUUGCAUCUAAUUUUGUCUUUACCGAAACACAUAACAUAAAUUCUAGACAAGUGGUGUAACACAAUUUAUAUUUCGUACAUACGAACGACAGCAUUCCAAUCAUGGUUUCAUCAGUGCAUUAGAAGACAGAAACAUUUAAUUUAAUGUUAGUGAGAAAACAUUCCUCAGGCACAGGAUAGAAAUACAAAUGUAAUGGCAAUGGUUGAAGGAGAAGUAAAGCAGGUUAAUAUACUCUAAACGUGAGUACAGCUUGGUUAAGGGAAACAAAAGAUAUGACAAUAAUGAAGAGCAACAGUAUAUACCUAAUUAAAUACAAUAACAAGGAUGAUGAGAAAUAUGUUUUUUUGACCUCAUAUUAUUUAUAAAGUAACGGUAGUCUUCCAUAUAUUACACAUUAUUCAGACUUAAAUAGAUCCACUGACGUACAAACCACCGACAAAUAACAAGUGUUACGACAAAUUGAAGUACACUCACUUAAUAAUUGGAAAGGAGCUAUUAACUUAUCAGGGAGUCGGAAUCUUAAAAGCAGUAGUGUGUAUAAAAAUUGGAGUGUUACAUGUAGAACAAGAAACAAUAAAAUGUAGACGAAGAAAGUAUCGCACAUACCCUCCAACGCCGUUAACUCUAAACAGUUACAGCUGAUGGCAAUGCUGUAUGUGUAGAGUGUGCCGAUGAUGAACUAGACAUACGAUCUGAUUGCUCUUUACAAUAAGCUCCGUUGUAAUCAUUAAUUUAAUUAAUAAUAUUAGUUGUAUUUGUUGAUGUAUGUAAUGAGUUAUCACUUGAUUUCCAGAAGCAUCUAAGCAUACACUGGUAGUGACUUCGUCGUCUUCUAAAACACCGAAAGAAAUAAUACUUGAAAUUAAGUUGGCUGAAAAUUGAUUUUAGAGAAACAGUAGGAAAAAUGAAAUAUAUAUUUGGUCAUUUUACAGCAACCCAUGGAAAAGUGAACAUUCCUCAAAGCAGAAAACCAGGAGUAUCUUUUUAAAGUAAUUUAAAUACUGUCUCAGUUAACUAUUUGGUUGGAUGUUUGUUUCAACGAUGAAAUAUCAUCAAGGAUACACAAAUAUCGUCGUAUUGUGUCAAUACUAUUCUAGGAGUCGAUGAAAUUCAGUUCAUAACUAAUACCAAGUAUUUUAGGUCUUGGAAUUAAAUACAAUUAUCAUACAUUAGUUUUAUCAUUUACUUCGAGCUCAUCUAUCCCUAAAUACUCACUAUUUGUGGCAGUAAAUUUACUCUAUCUUCCUUGUCGAAAACACUUAUGGAAGUUCUCAAAAGUAAGGUUAUUUAGCUGUCUUUUUUCGCCUAAUGCUAGAGUGAUGUGCACAAACGAUUUCCAUCAUAUACUUUGACAUGUUGCUCAAAGUUCAUAGAUAUAUGAGUAAAGAUAAUGCACUCUAAACAUUUAUUUAAACCUAAACCAUGAAACACUCGACUUUCAAUUAGAGGUACUAGUUCGAACGCUGUUAACUCCAGACUGGGGUACCAAAUAUCUGAGUCUAAGUCAUAAUUAUUCAAUUAUUAGAUGACAAUCUGCUAAGAUGAAUACGCUCUACAGUUAGGGGGAAUAUAAGCAAGAUAAUGUUAAAUAGGAACAUUUAUUACAACUUACUCCUGUCGUCUGACAAAGCUGUAAAUCGAUCAAUAGAACUUCUUGGAGUACAUGUUUGACAUGUUCGCUGAUACUACUCCAGUAUUUUGACUACUGUUAUAACUAAUUGAUGAGCCCAUCUGACAACCACCAGCUUUGAUAGAACCGACAUUAUUGACUCAAGUGAGAUGAAUAUAUUAAUGAGGAUCUGGAUUCGGUGUUGCAGUCGAAAAAAAAUUACAUAAGUAGCAUUUUGCAUAUGGGAUUCCACUAGAACUUCUUGUUACAUAGCCAAACAAUCAACAAAAUCAUUAUCAAGUGAUUAGUAACAAGAGGGUGAACGAAACAAUGCAGGGUAAAAAAAGUCAGAGCUUUU